AAACAAUAUUCUUCCCAGUCUUAAAUUAUCAGCAAUGUCCACCUGCGUGAUCUGCGGCCUCACCAUGUACCAGGCCAGGCGUAGCAAGCUUGCCGUGGGCUUCCACAAGUUCCCAACGGAACCGGUGCAGCGCCAGGCCUGGGUGAACUUUUGCGCUGGUGGCGGCGGCGGUGUGCAGGACGAUUCCAUCAAAGUGAACGGAACGAUUUGCUCGGACCACUUCGAGGAGGAGUGCUUCCGGGGUGACGGCAAGCGCAUUUCGGAACCGGGCAAGCGCCACGUGCUCAAGGACGGUGCCGUUCCGACAAUCUGGGAGGGAGCUUUACAGAGGAAAUUGGAGCGGCGGGUGGCCAGGAUGCAGCAGCGUAUCGAGCAAAAGGCGAGGGUUGAGUCUCAAAACAAGCUUCUACCGAUGAAGGUCAAGGCGGAAGAGGUUUGCCGAAUCUGCUCGUUUGAAGACACGUUGUACGAUCUGACGCUCGAGCAGAACGCUGAACAUGGCCGGAAGUUUAGCACGCUGACCUCGAUCGAGAUCGACGCGACUGCUCCGUGGUUUUGCGAAGGUUGUCUUUCGCGGUUGAACGACGCGUACGACUUUGUGCAGGCCUGCGUUGAGGCGGAGAACCGUCGGAAUAGUUUGCCCUUGAUGGAAAUGCUUGGGGUGAAACAGGAAGGUGAGGAGGUGCAGGAGUGCUGGGAGGAACCGAUGAUUGAGUACGGGGAGGAUCGUGCGGAGCAGACCAACGGAGAAGAUGAGGCAGAGGAGGAGGUAGAAGAAGUUGACUCCGAGGAAGAUGACAGCUUCGAAGGCGAACCGGAACCGGAAGGACCCAAAGUGUUCACGUGUACAGCGUGUCCGGCGACUUUCGAGAAAAAAUUUGAUCUGUUUGCCCACGUCAAAAUUCACGGCAAGGCGCGCUUUCCAUGCCAACAAUGCGAUCGUACCUUCGCCCGGCGAACGCACCUGACGGAACACAUGCUCUCGCACAAAGCCGAGCCCACCUUCUUCUGCAAGCUCUGUCCGGUCGCGUUCAAAAACCAAACCAAUUUGCGUCGACACGAGAAAAAUGUCCACCUCGGGUUGAAGCCGUUCGCCUGCGAGGAAUGUGGCAAACGUUUCGCUCAAAAAGUGCAACUUCACCAGCACCUCGAAGUUCACCUGGAGCAAGCGACCAUUCCGUGCGGCCUUUGCGACAUGAAGUUCAAAACCGAAUUCCGGCGACGAGUUCACCAGAGAACGUUGCACAUUGAUAACAAACCGCUGAAGGCCUUAGAGUGCGACAUUUGCUCCAAACAGUUCCUUUCCAAAUCAUCUCUGGCGAUGCACAAAGGCAGCCAUCUCGAGCCGAACCUGCUGUGUACCAUUUGCGGCAAAAAGUACAAAACGCCCAGCUUGCUAGCGGCCCACAUGACCAUCCACAAGCCGAGAACGUUCUCGUGCGAGCUCUGUCCGAGUAUGUUCAAGACCAAGAAAACGCUGCAGUACCACCAGCGAGUUCACCUCGGCCUCAAGCCAUACCAGUGCGAGCUGUGCGAACGCACGUUCCGCACCGGGACUCAUCUGAAGUCUCACCACACAAGUGUCCACUCGGCUGAGAAAGCGCACGAGUGUCACGUCUGUCAGAAGCGGUUUGCGCUCAAGGGUAACCUGCGGUUGCACAUGAAGGUUCAUGCAGGCGGGGGCGGCAUCGGCGGACUGCGGAUGGAAGGUGAAGGUGAGGGAACAACGGAAGUAGCUCCUUGGGUAUUCGAAACGGUUUGAAGUUGCCGGGCAGGAUGGUGGGAAUUUGGGCAACUAAAAUGUUUAUUACAAACUUAAGAAUACAAUAAAGUUGUUACUAUUA